AUGGCCCUGGUCCCUCACCUCCCGGGCCCCCCGCCCCCGGCCCGGGACCCGCCCUUGUUUGCAGCUGGCCCAAAGCCGGGAGGUUGUGGGAGCCCAGGCGAGGGCGGGGAUCCCCAAGGGGGACGAUGGAGGCUGGAAAGGGCCACCCAGCCCCCACGGAGGAAAAUUCGGGUUGGGGAGGGGGGCGGGCCCCGCCAGCCAGUGGGGAAAGGGCCCAUGGUGCUGAGCCCUCCCACUGGAGCCGAGGCUGGCGCCACUGGGCUGGGCACGGGCUGCAGGGUCCGGGAGGACGAGCACGGGAAGGCCGAACCCAGGCAACCCCGCCCUCCCCCUCCCCUAACUCCCCCUCUGCCCGCGGAGGCGGCCCCGGGGCCGGGAGUGAACGCCCCCGCCAGCGGGCCUCCUGGCUGGCACGCCCCAGCAGGGCCGGGCAGCCCCCGCCGCGGGGUGCCCUCCCUGCCUCCCUUUCCCUGGGCCCGGGCGGCGGGGGUGGCGGGCCGCCGGCCUCCUGCCCGGUGGCAAGGCCUUCCUGAAGCCGCCCACCUGCUGCGCCAGCAGAGCCACCGACCCCGGCCCGGAGGGGGCCUUCCGGGCAGGAGCACCCGGGGCACCGGCACCACCCGGCCCCCCGGCGGGGCCCCCCACCCUGGGCCUGUCGCCGCCCCGCCCCCGCGGCGAUGCCUGCGCCGGGGACCCUACUGGCGCAGCACCGGCGGCACCACAAGAGCACUGGGGCCCGGCCCCGCCUGGGGCGCGGCAAGGGUUCGGGGGGAGCAGUGCGCCACCAGCGCCCAGCCCCCCGCCCCCCCCCGCCGCCGGGCCCCAGCCGGCCCCCGGCCUUCUCAAAUCCCAGCGCUCCGGUUUUCCUCCAUCCCCCCAGAGGCCGCUGACCAGUACAGGCCACGAGACCGGGGCCACCGGCCACUGGGCUCCACGCGAGUCGCCGAGUGGGAGCAGGAGGAUCUCGGCCGUCGGUCACCCCCUCGUUUGACGGAGGGGGGUCCCGGGCCCGCCCGGAUCGAUAAACCCCACCGGGCCCUCCAGAUGCCGCGACCCCAGUUUGGAGGCCACCGGGGAGCUUCUGAGAGCCGGGAGAAAGCGGCGGCCCAAAGGUCUGGGGAGAAGCGGGUGACCCAGGGGGCCGAGAUCACUGGACAGGCCGCGCCGAGCGGGGAGAAGAGGAGUUGCGUGGGGCCCCCGCCCUGCAAGGGCCCCUGGCACCCUGCGAAGGGGCCCCCGGUCCUGCCCGGCCCCCGCCCUGCGGGGCCCCGGCCCUGCAGUGGGGGCCCCUGCAGUGGGGCCCCAGCCCCUGGGAGUGGGCCCCGGCACCCUGGUGGGCCCCCAGGUCCUGCACUGGGGGGCCCCUGCAGUGGGCCCCCAGCCCCUGCAGGGGGCACCCUCAGGGCCCCAGCCUGCAGGCCCCCCAGCCCCUCAGUAGGGGCCCCAGCGCCCUGCGUAAGGGGCCCCCGUGUCCUGGUGGGCCCCUGA